AUGGAUGACGAUAAAGAAGGCAAAAUCACCUACUCAGGAGAACUCGCUCACGACUGGGCCGAUUUGACUCACGAGUGCCUCAUCAACAUCCUCUCGCGUCUCUCUUUGGAGGAACGAUGGCGGGGCGUCAUGCGGGUGUNCUACUCAGGAGAACUCGCCCACGACUGCGCCGAUUUGACUCACGAGUGCCUCAUCAACAUCCUCUCGCGGCUCUCUUUGGAGGACCGAUGGCGGGGCGGCAUGCGGGUGUGUAAGGCGUGGCUACAGGUAUGCAAGGACCCGGGCCUCAACUCGGUGUUCGACCUCGAGGCUUAUUUCGAUUCGGCCGUUGACUUUCCACGUUACUGGACCCCGGCGUUCGAACGCCGGGUGGAUAACAUGAUCCGAUCUAUCGUCAUCUGGAGUGAUGGGUCCCUCACCGAAAUCCGUGUUAGACACUGCUCGGAUCGCUCCAUCUCUUUGAUUGCUCAGAGGUGUCCAAAUAUUAAAGUUCUCUCUAUCAAGAGUUGUCCUAACGUCUCUGAUGUAGUUAUGGCUGAAAUAGCUUCUGGGUGUCCCAAGCUUAAGGAGCUCGAUAUCAGCUAUUGUUAUGAAAUAUCUCACAAGUCUUUGGCAACAAUUGGAUCGCGAUGUCCUAACUUGCAAAUUCUUAGACGGAAUUUGAUGAAUUGGUUGGAUCCUUCACAGCAUGUUGGAAUUGUUCCCGACCAGUAUAUAAACGCCUGUCCUCAGGAUGGGGAUUCAGAAGCUGCUGCCAUCGGAAAAUUUAUGCCUCAUCUUGUGCAACUUGAACUCCAGUUCUCCAAGUUGACGGCCCAAGGACUUGCACUGAUAUCUGAAGGAUGUCUGGACCUUGAGCAUGUCGAUCUAUCUGGAUGCGCGAAUGUCACUAGUCGUGAUAUUGCAACUGCAACAUCAAAUCUUAAGAAGUUGAAAUAUAUCAAGAAGCCCAACUUUUAUAUCCCGAGGUCUGUUUACAACUUCGAAAGAUAUGGUCAUUGGCAAUUGUAUGAUGAGCGUUUCCAAACGGAUGUGUUCAGAAUUUGA